UUUUAGAAAGAAAAAUAAGUCAUGCAAAAUAUAGUUAAAAAGAAUUAAGUAAUGGAUUCAGUCGAGAAUUCAAUAGAAAAUACAAUACUGAUCAUCAAAGUAUUCUAUAUUUUAAAUAUUAAAAAAAGUGUAAUAAUAAAUAAGUCUUGAAUUCGGAGAUCAAGAAGAUUUUUCAUCAGCUAGAAAUCCUAUUGAUGUAGAAAUAAAAAAUCAUAACUUUUCAAAAUAGAUUAAGUUCCUAUCUUGAUAAACUUUUCUUUCAUUCUAACUAUUGUAUUUAUCUUAUAGAGUUAUCAAAUUAUAAUGUAUACAAUUUAAUUAUGUAACAAUAUAAAGUUAUUAACGAAUAGCCAAUACCAGAACAUGUAAAAUUUAGAUAUCUCAUAUUUUCUAGCUCUUUUUUUGGAAAUAUUCAGAUUAUAAAGCAAGAUCUCUCACACCUUCUAGAUCUAAAUCUCCUUUAAAAAAGUAAAAAUAACAGAUUAAAUCUACAUUGUAAAGGUUAGAAGAUGAAGAAUGGGCUGAAUGUACAUUUAAACCAUAAAUCUUCUCUAAAAGAUGUUUUCAAUAUAAUGAAGGCCAUUUCUUAUAGCGAUGUUAACAGUAUGAAGAACAGAAGUAAGUUAAAUUGUAAAAGUUACGUAUAUCUGAUGUUGAAAAUGAAUUGAAGGAGUGUACUUUUCAACCAAAGAUAAGUCAAUAUGUCAGAAAUGCUAAUACUAUUAAUUUAAAUGAGACUAAUAAGAAAUAAGUGUUUGAAAAUCUUACGGCAUAACCAAAAUAAACUUAUGCAAAAUAAAUGUAUAAGUACUCAGAUGCUUUGAAUUUAUUGCAUAAAGAACUACAUGGAUGA